AUGCAAGAAUAAUUAAAUAAAAAUAAACAGAAGAUUUUAGAUUAUUGGAACACGAAAUAAGUAGUGGAUUACUACGAGGUAUAGAAGAUGAUAAAUUCUGUGGGGCUACAAUUCAACAAUUAUAGUUAAUUAUUUUACAAUUUGAAUGUAAAAAUAAUGAAAUACAAAGUUAUUUGAAAAAUCGAAUGAGGACUUACAAAAUAUAAAAGUGUCAGAUACAUUAGAUCCAUUUUUAGAUGAGGAUUAAGAAAUCUUAGAAUUUAAUGGAUUAAAAAAGCAAAGUAAUUAACCACCGAGAAUAUCGGAAGUUUCAGACGAGGAACAUUAUGAGUAAUAUGAUUAAUGA